CGCCUCCGAAUUGYCACCUCUGAUUUGCCAGUUUCUCGGGUCUGCCCCUCCGGCCCGACCAGUGUGGAAGUCGCCUCGGGUCUCCGCCCUCCCUGCCGGCAGCGAGCGGCUAACCCGGGCGGCCAGCGGGGAUGGCGGUCGUGGCGGUGGCCGCAGGCCGGCUGCUGAGGCUCCGCGCUGCCGCGGCKGAGGGGCGCUGGCACCGGGGGCGAGGCGAUGCCGUGGCGCGGAGCUUCCUGCAGCCGGCCUCGGCCAGGAAGGAUGCGGCCCAGAUGCGGCAGGUGGCUCACUUCACUUUCCAGCCCGACCCRGAGUCCCACGAGUACGGGCAAACUCAAAARAUGAAUCUUUUUCAGUCAAUAACAAGCGCCUUGGAUAACUCACUGGCUAAAGAUCCUACUGCAGUAAUAUUUGGCGAAGACGUUGCCUUUGGUGGAGUCUUCAGAUGCACUGUUGGCUUGCGAGACAAGUAUGGAAAAGACAGAGUUUUUAAUACUCCAUUGUGUGAGCAAGGAAUUGUUGGUUUUGGAAUUGGACUUGCAGUCACUGGUGCUACUGCUAUUGCUGAAAUUCAGUUUGCAGAUUACAUUUUCCCUGCUUUUGAUCAGAUUGUUAACGAAGCUGCCAAGUAUCGCUAUCGCUCUGGGGAUCUUUUCAACUGUGGAAGCCUCACCAUCCGGGCCCCUUGGGGCUGUGUUGGCCAUGGGGCUCUUUAUCAUUCUCAGAGUCCUGAAGCUUUUUUUGCCCAUUGCCCAGGAAUCAAGGUGGUCAUACCCAGAAGCCCUUUCCAGGCCAAGGGACUUCUUUUGUCAUGCAUAGAGGACAAAAAUCCUUGUAUAUUUUUUGAACCUAAAAUACUUUACAGAGCAGCAGUGGAGCAGGUUCCUGUAGAACCAUACAAYAUCCCACUGUCUCAGGCUGAAGUCAUACAGGAGGGGAGUGAUGUYACUCUUGUUGCCUGGGGCACUCAGGUUCAUGUGAUCCGGGAGGUGGCUUCCAUGGCACAAGAAAAACUUGGGGUGUCAUGUGAGGUCAUUGACCUGAAGACUAUAAUACCUUGGGAUGUGGAUACAGUUUGCAAGUCUGUGAUCAAAACAGGGCGGCUGCUAAUCAGUCAUGAGGCUCCCUUGACAGGCGGCUUUGCGUCAGAGAUCAGCUCUACAGUUCAGGAAGAAUGUUUCUUGAACCUCGAGGCUCCUAUAUCCAGAGUGUGUGGGUAUGACACACCGUUUCCUCACAUUUUUGAGCCAUUUUACAUCCCAGAUAAAUGGAAGUGCUAUGAUGCCCUUCGGAAAAUGAUCAACUAUUGACCACAUAG